UCAUACGUUAUUACCACAUGAGGAAAAUGAGAACCCUGAAGCUUCUUAUACUUAAAGUCUCUCCCUUUCAUGACAAAUCAACCAAACCCAGUUGAAUUUGCUCGUAAAGUUUUCAUCUUUCAAUCACCCAUUUGAAGUUCCAACACAAAACAGAGAGAAUCAUGGACAGGGCUGCUGAAAGACAAAAGAUUUUGCUUCGUCACCUCAAUCCAAUCUCUUCUUUUUCUUCUUCUCUUAAUCAUGAACCAACUGUUCUGUCUUCUGUGAAUUGUGCUUCUGAGGUUUCUCCAAUGGCUGCUUUUGGAGAUGACAUUGUGAUCGUAGCGGCAUAUCGUACAGCCAUUUGCAAAGCGAAACGUGGAGGUUUCAAAGACACUCUUCCAGAUGAUCUUCUAGCUUCUGUUCUCAAGGCUGUUGUGGAAAGAACAUCUUUGGAUCCAAGUGAAGUUGGUGAUAUCGUUGUUGGUACUGUUCUAGCUCCCGGCUCUCAAAGAGCAAUGGAAUGUAGAGUUGCAGCUUAUUUUGCUGGUUUCCCUGACUCCGUGCCUAUUAGAACUGUUAACCGACAAUGCUCUUCGGGACUACAAGCAGUUGCUGAUGUUGCUGCUUCCAUUAAGGCUGGAUAUUACGACAUUGGUAUUGGUGCUGGAGUGGAGUCAAUGUCAACUGAUCAUAUGUCUGGAGGCGGCUUUCAAGCCUCUAAUCCGAGAGCACAAAAUUUCCCGAAAGCGCGUGAUUGUUUGCUUCCAAUGGGAGUUACUUCUGAAAACGUUGCAGAAAGAUAUGGUGUCACAAGAGAAGAGCAAGAUAUGGCUGCGGUUGUGUCUCACAAGCGCGCUGCUGCUGCGAUUGCUUCUGGUAAACUCAAGGAUGAAAUCAUUCCUGUUGCUACCAAGAUUGUAGACCCUGAGACUAAAGCAGAGAAGGCAAUCGUUGUAUCUGUUGAUGAUGGUGUGCGUCCAAACUCAAACAUGGCAGAUUUGGCAAAGCUGAAGACUGUUUUCAAAAAGGAUGGUUCCACCACAGCUGGCAAUGCUAGUCAGAUCAGUGAUGGUGCUGGAGCUGUACUGUUAAUUAAGAGAAGUCUUGCAAUGAAGAAGGGACUUCCUAUUCUUGGAGUAUUCAGGAGUUUUGCUGUAACUGGCGUGGAUCCAUCAGUAAUGGGUAUUGGUCCGUCUGUCGCCAUCCCAGCUGCAACUAACCUCGCAGGGCUCAACGUUAGCGAUAUUGAUCUAUUUGAGAUCAAUGAGGCAUUUGCAUCUCAAUAUGUGUACAGUUGCAAGAAGCUAGAGCUAGAUAUGGAAAAGGUCAAUGUUAAUGGAGGAGCCAUUGCUAUUGGCCAUCCUCUGGGUGCUACAGGAGCUCGGUGUGUUGCAACGCUGUUGCACGAGAUGAAGCGGAGAGGGAAGGAUUGCCGAUUUGGUGUAAUCUCAAUGUGCAUAGGCACUGGCAUGGGAGCUGCAGCUGUUUUUGAGAGGGGAGACUCUGUUGAUAACUUGUCCAACGCUAGAGUGGCUAAUGGGGAUGGUCAUUAGAACAACGUAAAGAGCUGGAAUAAGUAGAAGCAAUGAGGAGCGUAAUAAAUAUGAUGAUUUAGCUCUUUCACAUUGUUGAACAAUGACAACUUUUCAUUCUGAGUUAUUAAAAUCAACUACUACGUUUCUGUGAACAAGAAGAGUUAAUCUAAAAACCAAAAGUAAAGUUA